UUUGUUUGGGGUUGGGGGAGGAGGUAUCAAACACACAUACACCCAAAACAAUACAUGUGGACUUCAGUUGGGAAACCAGUCCCUGUGCUGCUUCUGUCUAGCUGUGUGAUUUGAGAUAAGUCACUUAACCUCUCUGAAUUGCCAGGUUCCGUUUAUACUUAGGUAUAUUUCCUUUUAGUCUUCUCCUUUGCAUUUUAGGAGCUUGUCAGAGAUCAGUUGUGCCCUGUAUUUCACCUUCACCUAAAGAUUUUAUUUAUUUAUUUGACAGAGAGAUAGAGAGAGAGAACAAGUAGGCAGAGGGAGAGGGAGAAGCAGGCUCCCCACCAAGCAGGGAGCCCCAUGCGGGGCUCGAUCCCAGGACCCUGGGAUCACGACCUGAGCUGAAGGCAGACGCUUAACCGACUGAGCCACCCAGGCGCCCUCACCUUAAUCUUUAAAAACUAGUCUCUUGUUUGGCUAAAGCAUUGUUUAAGCCCCCUUUUAAAGAGCAGUUUGCCAGCCCAUGCUUGCCCAAACAACUAGAGAAUAACUGUAGCAAGCAAGCCAAGCUCCAGGAUCUGCAAGAAUCGUUAGCAACUGAGCAUAUUUCUAUAAACCAAUAAAGGUUUUUAUAUUUUGUUCAUCUGUUACCCUUAUGCUGUUGCCACUUUCACAUUCAGUGUGUGUAGGCGGAGAGUAUGAGAUAACAGCCUUUCACAAAUGAAAGUGAGUGGAAAAGGGCUGCUUUCCCUUUAAGGCAGUUUCAACCCCAGCUCCCUCCCCUUUCCUGAUUGACAGACCUACCCGAAGUCACAUGAUCCGCCUCUAUUUGAAGGUCACAAAAAGCUGCUUCCUUUAGAGACAGAGGGGGAGAGAGAGAGCAAGAGGGAGAGUUAGUGAGAGAGAGUUAGUUCAAGCCAAAAUGGCCGACAGAGUCUCUGCUGGUUUCUGAAUAUUUAAAAUACAAAAAAACAGAUAGACAAAAAGAAAUCAUUUUUUGGACCUUUUUUCAUUUCCAUUUCUACCUUGUAUGCCUCAAUUUGCUGGAUUUAAGCACUGCUGCACUUUAUGAGAGAGAAGGAGCAAGAAAGGGAAGAACAGUUAAUGGAAGACAAGAAAAGGAAGAAAGAGGAUAAAAAGAAAAAAGAAGCCACUCAGAAGGUCACGGAACAAAAAACCAAAGUGCCCGAAGUGACGAAACCAAGUUUAAGCCAACCAACGGCCGCCAGCCCAAUUGGCAGCUCUCCAUCGCCACCAGUCAAUGGUGGCAACAAUGCCAAAAGGGUGGCAGUGCCGAACGGACAACCGCCAAGCGCCGCCCGCUACAUGCCUCGGGAGGUGCCGCCGCGAUUCCGUUGCCAGCAGGACCACAAAGUGUUACUAAAACGUGGGCAGCCCCCUCCGCCGUCCUGCAUGCUCCUCGGGGGUGGGGCAGGGCCUCCUCCCUCCACAGCACCUGGAGCAAACUCAAACAACGCACAAGUGACAGGAACGCUGCUGCAGGGGGACGGUGGGACUGCACCAGAGUCAACCCUUGGAGGUGCUGCUGCUGCAAAUUAUGCAAGUUCCGCUUGGGGCCCGGGAGCCUCCCCCAACCCAGUUCACAUCCGGGACAAGGUGAUUGUAGACGGGUCUGACAUGGAAGAGUGGCCUUGUAUUGCCAGCAGAGACACUGAGUCUUCUUCCGAAAGCACCACCGACAGCAACAGUGCCUCGAACCCUGGCUCUGAGAAGAGCACUCUGCCAGGAAGCACCACUAGUAACAAAGGAAAAGGGAGCCAGUGCCAGUCUGCAAGUUCUGGGAACGAAUGUAAUCUUGGGGUCUGGAAAUCUGACCCUAAGACUAAACCUGUUCAAUCUUCCAACUCUACUACAGAGAGCAACAAUGGACUAGGAAAUUGGAGGAAUGUGAGUGGUCAGGAUAGAAUUGGACCUGGCUCUGGCUUCAGCAACUUUAACCCAAAUAGCAACCCAUCUGCCUGGCCAGCGCUGGUCCAAGAAGGAAAUUCUAGGAAAGGGGCACUGGAAACGGAUACUAGUAAUUCCAGUGCACAGGUUAGCACAGUAGGUCAGGCAUCCAGGGAACAGCAGUCAAAGAUGGAAAAUGCGGGUGUUAAUUUUGUUGUCUCUGGCAGAGAACAGGCUCAAAUUCAUAACACUGAUGGACCAAAAAAUGGAAACACUAACUCCUUGAACUUAAGUUCACCAAACCCCAUGGAGAAUAAGGGAAUGCCCUUUGGAAUGGGCUUGGGGAACGCCUCCAGGAGCACUGAUGCCCCUUCACAAAGCACUGGAGAUCGAAAGACUGGGAGUGUUGGAUCUUGGGGUGCAGCUAGGGGGCCUUCUGGAACUGACACAGCCUCUGGACAAAGCAAUUCUGGAAACAAUGGGAACAAUGGAAAGGAUAGAGAGGACUCCUGGAAAGGAGCUUCUGUUCAGAAAUCAUCUGGGUCAAAAAAUGACUCUUGGGACAAUAACAGGUCUACGGGUGGGUCCUGGAAUUUUGGCCCUCAGGACUCUAAUGACAACAAAUGGGGUGAAGGGAACAAAAUGACAUCUGGGGUCUCUCAGGGAGAAUGGAAACAGCCGACUGGGUCUGAUGAGUUGAAAAUUGGAGAAUGGAGUGGUCCAAACCAACCAAAUUCUAGCACUGGAGCAUGGGACAAUCAAAAGGGCCACCCCCUCCCUGAAAACCAAGGCAAUGCCCAGGCUCCCUGUUGGGGAAGAUCUUCCAGCUCCACAGGAAGUGAAGUUGGAGGUCAAAGCACUGGAAGCAACCACAAAGCAGGAAGUAGUGACAGUCAUAAUUCUGGCCGUCGGUCAUACCGGCCCACACAUCCUGAUUGUCAGGCUGUCUUACAGACUCUUUUGAGCCGAACUGAUUUGGACCCCAGGGUGCUCUCAAACACUGGCUGGGGCCAAACUCAAAUUAAGCAGGACACAGUGUGGGAUAUUGAAGAGGUGCCAAGGCCUGAGGGGAAAUCUGACAAAGGAACUGAGGGGUGGGAGAGCGCUGCCACACAGACCAAGAACUCAGGGGGCUGGGGAGACGCACCCAGCCAAAGCAAUCAAAUGAAGUCUGGAUGGGGGGAGCUCUCAGCCUCUACAGAGUGGAAAGACCCCAAGAACACAGGAGGCUGGAAUGACUACAAGAACAACUCUUCCAACUGGGGAGGCGCACGACCAGAUGAAAAGACUUCUUCCUCUUGGAAUGAGAACUCCAGCAAGGAUCAGGGGUGGGGAGGGGGACGCCAGCCCAAUCAAGGAUGGACUUCUGGGAAGAAUGGUUGGGGAGAGGAAGUUGAUCAAGCGAAAAACAGCAGUUGGGAAAGUUCUGCAAGUAAACCUGUGUCUGGGUGGGGUGAAGGAGGGCAGAAUGAAAUUGGAACUUGGGGGAACAGUGGGAAUGCAAGCCUAGCUUCCAAAGGCGGGUGGGAAGAUUGCAAAAGGUCUCCAGCGUGGACUGAGACCGGCAGACAGCCCAGUUCCUGGAAUAAACAGCACCAACAGCAGCAGCCACAGCAGCCACCGCCACCACAACCAGAGGCUUCUGGUUCCUGGGGAGGCCCACCCCCACCACCUCCAGGCAACGGACGACCUUCCAAUUCCAACUGGAGCAGCGGGCCACAGCCAGUAACCCCUAAGGAUGAGGAACCCAGCGGUUGGGAAGAGCCAUCCCCACAGUCAAUUAGUCGGAAAAUGGACAUCGAUGAUGGCACUUCGGCGUGGGGAGACCCCAACAGUUACAACUACAAGAAUGUGAAUCUGUGGGAUAAGAAUUCCCAAGGGGGCCCAGCACCUCGAGAACCAAACCUGCCUACCCCCAUGACCAGUAAAUCAGCAUCAGUCUGGAGCAAAAGCACACCACCUGCUCCAGAUAAUGGUACUUCAGCUUGGGGUGAGCCAAACGAAAGCAGUCCUGGGUGGGGUGAAAUGGAUGACACAGGAGCAUCGACCACAGGCUGGGGGAACGCACCCUCCAAUGCUCCAAAUGCCAUGAAACCUAAUUCCAAAUCUAUGCAAGAUGGCUGGGGGGAGAGUGAUGGUCCAGUGACGGGAACUCGCCAUCCCAGCUGGGAAGAGGAGGAUGAUGGAGGAGUCUGGAACACCGCCGGCUCUCAGGGAAGUGCUUCCUCCCACAACUCAGCAAGCUGGGGACAAGGAGGAAAGAAGCAAAUGAAGUGCUCACUGAAAGGAGGAAACAAUGAUUCAUGGAUGAAUCCUCUUGCCAAACAGUUUUCAAAUAUGGGAUUGCUGAGUCAAACUGAAGAUAAUCCAGGCAGCAAAAUGGAUUUGUCUGUAGGGAGCCUUCCAGAUAAAAAAUUUGACGUGGACAAGCGAGCGAUGAAUCUCGGGGAUUUUAAUGAUAUCAUGAGGAAGGAUCGAUCUGGGUUCCGUCCACCUAAUUCCAAAGACAUGGGAACCACAGAUAGUGGGCCUUAUUUCGAGAAGGGUGGCAAUCAUGGUUUGUUUGGAAAUAGCACAGCACAAUCGAGAGGUAUGCACACGCCAGUGCAGCCACUGAAUUCUUCUCCUAAUCUCCGGGCGCAAGUGCCUCCCCAGUUUAUUUCCCCCCAGGUUUCUGCCUCAAUGCUCAAGCAGUUUCCCAACAGUGGCCUGAAUCCAGGUCUUUUCAAUGUGGGGCCCCAGUUAUCUCCUCAACAAAUUGCCAUGCUGAGCCAGCUUCCACAAAUUCCCCAGUUUCAGUUGGCGUGUCAGCUUCUCCUGCAGCAGCAGCAGCAGCAGCAGUUGCUGCAGAACCAGAGGAAGCUCUCACAGGCCGUGCGCCAGCAGCAGGAGCAGCAGCUGGCUCGGAUGGUGAGCGCCCUGCAGCAGCAGCAGCAGCAAAGGCAGCCUGGCUUGAAGCACUCGCCCUCCCAUCCCGUCGGGCCCAAGCCCCAUCUGGACAACAUGGUACCCAGCGCUCUGAAUGUGGGGCUCCCAGACCUUCAAACCAAAGCGCCAAUACCUGGAUAUGGCUCUGGCUUCAGCUCUGGUGGCAUGGACUAUGGCAUGGUUGGUGGGAAGGAGGCUGGAACAGAGUCUCGCUUUAAACAGUGGACCUCCAUGAUGGAGGGACUGCCCUCUGUAGCCACACAGGAAGCCAAUAUGCACAAAAAUGGCGCUAUCGUGGCCCCUGGUAAGACUCGAGGAGGGUCACCGUACAACCAGUUUGAUAUCAUCCCGAGUGACACACUGGGUGGCCAUACGGGUCCUGCUGGUGAUAGCUGGUUACCUGCCAAAUCUCCACCAACAAAUAAAAUCGGAAGUAAAUCCAGCAAUGCCAGUUGGCCUCCAGAAUUCCAACCAGGAGUGCCAUGGAAAGGUAUCCAAAACAUUGACCCUGAGUCUGACCCCUAUGUCACCCCAGGAAGUGUGCUGGGGGGUACAGCCACAUCUCCCAUUGUAGAUACUGACCACCAACUUCUGCGGGAUAACACCACAGGGUCUAAUUCUUCCCUCAACACCUCGCUGCCUUCACCUGGUGCCUGGCCCUACAGUGCCUCUGACAACUCCUUUACCAACGUUCAUAGCACUUCAGCAAAGUUCCCUGAUUACAAAUCAACAUGGUCCCCAGAUCCCAUAGGACACAACCCCACUCAUCUCUCCAACAAGAUGUGGAAAAACCAUAUUUCCUCGAGGAACACUACAGCGCUGCCCCGCCCACCUCCCGGUCUGACCAACCCCAAACCGUCCCCCUGGAGCAGCACAGCACCCCGAUCAGUCAGGGGGUGGGGGGCCCAGGACUCACGGCUUGCCUCGGCCUCUACCUGGAGUGAUGGUGGUUCAGUUCGUCCCAGUUACUGGCUGGUUCUUCACAAUCUCACUCCACAGAUUGAUGGGUCAACGUUGAGAACCAUCUGCAUGCAGCAUGGCCCACUGCUGACAUUCCAUCUGAACCUAACCCAGGGCACCGCCCUGAUCCGAUACAGCACCAAACAGGAGGCGGCCAAGGCCCAAACCGCACUGCACAUGUGUGUGUUGGGAAACACUACCAUCCUGGCUGAGUUUGCCACCGACGAUGAAGUUAGCCGCUUUCUGGCACAGGCUCAGCCGCCUACACCUGCAGCAACCCCCAGUGCACCCGCCGCAGGUUGGCAGUCGCUGGAGACCGGCCAGACCCCGUCGGACCCCGUCGGACCUGCUCUGAAUCUUUUCGGUGGGUCCACAGGGCUCGGGCAGUGGAGCAGCUCGGGCGGCGGCAGCGGGGCCGAUCUUGCUGGCGCUUCACUGUGGGGGCCCCCAAACUAUUCUUCUAGCUUGUGGGGAGUCCCAGCUGUGGAAGACCCCCAUAGGAUGGGCAGCCCUGCUCCCUUACUACCUGGUGACCUUCUGGGAGGAGGGUCGGAUUCAAUCUGAACUUAGAACUUUCAACUCUGACCUCGUGACCUUUUUUGGAACAGCAGCAGCACUAACUUGACCUUUUCGUUUUUUUUUUCAACUUGCAAUAAAUACAUUUUUAAAAGGAAAAAAGAAAACGGAGAGAGGAAAAAAAAAGGUGGGUCAUUGACAGACUGUCUGAGCACAUAGUUGCCUCCCUUAUAACUUCAGUUUUUUCGUUUGGAAUAUGAAUCCAAAAAGAGAACAUAUCACUCUUGAAAUACUUGAAUCAUGAACGCCAACCUAGAAAGACAAUGUGAAGCAAGUACACAUACCAUUUAAAUUUAAACACAAAAAAAUUAAAAAAAUUAGUUUCUAGUUUUUCACUUUUUUCAUGUUAUAUGGAAGUUGUUGCUAAGAAACAUAUAUACUGAAAAAAAAAUAGCUUUUUAACUUUGUUUGCACUGGGUGUGUUUCCGUCCUUAGGUCUACCACGUUUGGGAGGGAGGGGAAUUCAAAAGAAUUGUUGGGGUGGCGGGGGGAAGACUUGACGGAGCCUCACUUUAAAAACAAAAACACAAAACCUAAAAAAAAAAAAAAAGAAAGAAAAAAUUUGUGAUUGGCUGGUUGAUAAAUACCAGUGUGUUCUGGCACAUGUAACUGCCCAGGCAUGCUCGUUCUGGUAUGUGUGUGCACGUGUGUUCAUGCGCAUCCGCGUGCAUCCUUCUCUCUGUCUCUGUGUGUGUGCGCGCCCGUGUCCUCCUCCUCCUCCCCCACUCGAUCUCAGAAAGCUGCAUUGCUGACAGUCUGCAGGCUGGCUGGCCGGCCAUCUGCUUUUUAUUUUAUUUUAUUUUAUUAUUUCUUUUUUUUUUAACUAUCAGAACACACAGGCACCGGGAGCCACUGCUUACUAAAGCAACUCCGUUGGGCUGCAUUAAGAUGAACAGAGUGCUUUUUAAUGAUUUAAGCAGGGAGCUCCUUUCCAUUUGCAGAUUAGCCUGAGUGAGUUUUCUCUUGCUUUUCUUUUGACCUAGCAGUAGAGUGGGAGCACUGCCAAGUCCAAAAGAGUAGGAGAGCAGGAGGUACCUCUUGGAGCAACUGUGUGUUUAUUUAUUUCUGUUUUUUAAAGUACGUGGCCACCAGGCACAUCUGAAUAUCUGUUAGGUUUUUCGUCCGUUAGUCUGAAUGGGAACAGAUGAUAUAAGAGAGUUUUUUACUUAAUGCCGUGUCUCAAAAGCAGAAAAACCAUGUUCCCCCUUUCUUGUGUCAUCAGGUAUGAGGAGUCAUCAGAAAGUCAGGUAAUGCCGCAUUAAAGGUUUCCAUUGGUUCUCUUUUUCGUUUUACGAAAACGGAAACAAACAGGUUGUGAGCAGCCUCCUGAAAGCACCUGCAGCUUCUCCCUCUCUGCUCCUCUCUCGCUGAGCGUUACCUGUGCCAGGCCGUGGCGUGUUACAGCACCAGGCCAUCACUGACAGAAACGUUUACUUAACGAAUGUUCUUAAACCAGUGUGUACUUCAAGCGUUUCCUUUUGUUUCUCUGUGUUGUGUAUUUCCUGUGUAUGUGGUUUUGCUUAGGCAGGUAUAACUUAGCAGAGACUUUUAAGUAUUGCACCUUUUUUUGGUUUUGACCUCUUUAUUUUUUUUUUUCCUUGUAAUGUUGCUUUUUUUAUUUCGGUAUUUAAAGACUUUUUUUUUUUUUUUUUAAAGCAUCAAUGUAGUAGUACUCUGGGCCGACUAGGGGGCAACUUUAAUCCACAGUUAUCACCAACAUGUAUGUACUUAUGUUGGAAUCAACAUGUAUCAAACUGCUUUUUGUGAAGAGUUCUGGCAGACCCGAAGGGGUACCCCUUUAUACAAAGCAGAUGGCUGGCGGGGCGGGUGGGGAGGGGGGAGGGGAACGUAUGCCGGUAACGUGCUAGCACUUGUGUGGACAUCCCAGUCUGCAUUAUACUGUUUAACAUAAAGUGCCGACAUUCUGUACCAGCAAAUACCUGCCCAUUCCAACCCUUGGUGGGAGCAGACCUCUACUGUCCUCCGUAACUUGCUGCUAGUGAGGACAAGGGAGUUUUUCUUUCUUUAGCAUCUUCAGUGAAGGAUACAACAAUGCCUAAUGUAUUUGACUUUUAGCUUGUGUCUGUGUGUAGGUGGGUGGGUGGGUGUGUAUAGGAAAAGGCAAAACUGAAUUAUUUGCAUUUAAAUGGUUUUAUGAGACAAAGAAUGGGAAUUCUGUAGUCCUCUGGCUUACCCUGUUGAUUAUAAACCUAGCCUCAAAAGAGAUUGACAUGCGUAAUUCGAGUGAGCGUUCGCUCAUAUAAGUCUUUAUGCACCCUUUGUGGGUAGGUGGUCAAACUUGAGUCUCCAGCGUUGGUUCAGUCCCAUUGGAUGCCUUGUAGAAAACUAACUGUGCCCUCUUCCUGCUCUCCGGUUUUCAUCACCACCACCAUGCCCCUUCCACCUCUGCCCUUGUACAAAACAUCUCCUUCCAGCCCCUCCACCUGCUCUCCGUGUGUGGAGCAAAACCCUGUGGUGUGUGGUGAUGUCCAGGUGGAGAGCAGCUGUGUUCAGCCAUCUACAGAAGGCGAAAUCUUAGUGGCCCUGGGCCAGGAGCAUGUCCCGAGGCUCCCACGAGCCCGUGGCGACCCUGUCCACUGCCGUGUCCUGCCCCCCCCCCUUCCUCUCCUCCUGCCUGCUGGUUCCUUGGCCUGCACUAUGGGUUAGUUGAGUUCCUUACGAUACUACGGUGAAAGCCGGGUGCUAGAGCCCCUCUUGUUUACAAGACAUAAUGAGGGAUUUGAAAUAUGUAAAAAUAAACAUGAGAAGCUCAAAUGUUCUUCCAUCUUAAGCUUAAAGGGAAAAAAUUAAAAACUUAAAAAAAGACCAAAAAGUGCGUAUAUAUAUACAUAUAAAUAUAUAUUUUAGAUGAAGACUAACUCUGGGAGCAUUUAACAGUGUUUUUUGUUUUUGUUUUUAACAUUUAUUUUCCUGCUUUAAAAUUUGCAAGCAUUCUCAGGAAUUCUAGGGUAGGAAGCCAGUUUUUUGAAGAUGGUUUAUUUAACCGUAUCUUAUCCUAGAUAGACGGCUGUUUCUUUCCUGUUAAUAAACUUUUACAAGUUCCUGAAACUUCAAAAAGUUUAAACAAUUUUUACUUAAAAAAAAUGUAAAAAGAAAAGUCUCCAAACAUUAUUGUCAUACUGGGGAUCACACAUUUUAAAACACAUAGAAAGAAAUAUUUUUUAAAAAUUAUCAAUUUAGCAGCAACAGGUCAAUUCGUUAUCUUAAAAAAUAGGGGAGAAGGAUUAGCUUUCUAAGAGCUUUAUCACGGAUUUAUUUGAAAUUGUGUGUCAUUUAGUGGGAGUGUUUGGCUUGUAUAAAUGGGAAUGCCAUCACUUUGUUCCUUUCCAUUUAAGAGGGAACUGACAUCUCCCCUAAUGAUUGUUAUUUUUUUUUUUAAGGGAACCCUUCUCCCUGUCCCUCAAACCCCAGCAACAAAAGAAAGAAAGAUAGAAAGAACAACUUAGGAAAAAAGUAAACUCUAAUCUGUAAAAUAGUACGGUUGGAUUGCUGAGAAUCUAUGUAAAGAGCUAGGAAAUAGAGGUUAAUAAUUUUUGGAACAAAUUUUAAAUAUAGGCAUUACUAGAGGAAAAUAUCUAUGGACUGUUCUAUUAAUGAAGAAUGUUUGUCUUACCUCCCCGCUUGUUAUGGGAGGAGGAGAAAAUAAGAAGAAUCUAAUAAGGAACAAGUGAUUUUACUUUUUUAGCUCCCAGCUACUGUUGUGCUCAUUUUAAUUGCUGUUUUGAAGAUCUGCUGCUUAAUUAUCCCCAUCCCUCAGCUGGAGAUAUGGAGUAUUUCCUUUCAGUUUUUCGUGAUGUUGAAUUCUCCUUUUGUAUUCCCUCCUGGGGCCAGGGGUCAGAAUUCCCAAACAUGACCACAGCUUCUUUUAAACAUCUAAGCUUCCCAGUGGGAAAGAAACUCCAGCUCGACAGGUAAUGGGUGGGUGGGGCUGCUGCCUGCAAUUUCUCUAAAACCGCUUUAGUGCCUUCGUACAUACACCCAGACAUCCGAAGCAGGAGGAGCUCGUGUGUAUGUGCAUGUGGUCCAGCCACUCCACAGAUACAAGUACGCUUGCCCAUUAAGGAAAUUGGAGUGGUUCUGGACAGGCCCCAAAGGCAGUGGGCUAAAUUUAAAAUAAAUAAACAGAAAUCAAGGAAGUUAAAUAUGCUUUCAUGUCUUGAUAAUGUGGAAUGCCAAGAUCCUUCCUUGUGUUAUUGCCCUCGUUACUGUGCACUGACUUCUCCAGGUGUGUCGCUUUGACAACUACAUACAGUGAUUUGGAAAGUCUGUUUGUGUUGGGCCAGUAGAAAGGGGUUUCUAUUUUUCUGCUCUUGUCCUUCUUUGUCUCCUCUCCUUCCCCCCCAAACUCCCCCCCCCCUCCAUUUUUUUCGUCAACUUGCUGGAAGCUUUGCUUUAUUGGUUGGCAGUGACCUAAGAACAGGAUAUAGUGAGGAUAUAAUGGAAGAGAAAAACUCUUUUCUUUCUGUGGUAUUCUUUUGCAAGAGCCAUGUCUGCUGAGAGGUUAGGUGGCUUCCAUAACACUUAGAAAAUUUGGUGGGAGCGGCUUCUCUUCCACCACAUUCUGGCAUGUGUACAGAGGUUUGCUGGUCACCUCUCAUUAUGUAGAUUUAUCUUGUAAACAUUUCGAUCAUGUAAAUUUGAGCUUUCCAAUUUUUACUAGUUUCCUUUAUUUUUUUUUAAACACUUGAUUACUAGUGGCUGGAGGUGCCCAUCUUUCAAACAUCACAAACUUGGUUUCGGUCUACCACAUGAGUAACCAAAAGGAAAAAGCACUCAUGGGGAAGAGACGUCUUCCAUCAGACUGGAGACCUCUACUGGCAGUUGAAAUCCAGUGCCAUGACCUAAUUUUAGGUGUUUAAAAAAAAAAAACCCACAAAAAAACAAAGUUCAGAUCUCCGAGACACUGUGAAGAAAUGGAUGGCCCAUAGGGCAUCUCUGAUCCCUCCAUACCUAGCCUUGAUCUUCUCCAUUUGCGACAUGCACAGAAGUUAGCAGUGCUGCAUGUUAAGGUUCCAAACCAAAUUCUUUCACCAGUGUCCCCCAGUAAAUCAACAUUAUCCAUUGAUUGCCAUUCGAUGUUUUAUUUAUAGCAGCUUAAUUUUCUAAUUGUAUGGCUCCUCUUUUAAGAACUUUCCCACCUCUUCUGAUGUGAAUGUAGCAUAAAUUAGUAGUUGGUUCUUCCAAGUUCCUGUGGGUUGAAUGCGGUAUCUGAGAUUAUGCAAAAAAAAAAAAGAAAGAAAAGAAAGAAAAAAGAGAGGAAAAGAAAUUCCUACCUAAGAAUUUGGAAGAGCUUUUAUUAAUAUAUCUAGCAGAAACUAACAUUUCACGGGCUAUUGACGACGUGUUGCAAAUAUUCACUUGAAUUUUUGCCAUGGGGGGGCAGUUUUUGUAAGGUUAACAGCCAGAUUCCAUAUCGACCUCAGAUGCUGUGUACUUUUUAAUUUUAUUUUUUUAUAUUUUGCCAUGUUGACUCUUCUCUUAAACAAAAUGAAGAUGUCUCUGCUGAGCAAAAUGCUUAAGCCAAGCCUGUUUUCCUCUGCAGUGUAAACAAAAUGUUUUCAGCAGACUUGGCUGUAAUAGCCAUCUCUAAGAUUAGGGAACAAUUGAGUCUUUAUAUAGAAAAGGUCCCCUUCUACCCCAUCCUCAGAGUUCAAAUUCAGUAUAUAACACUUUGUAGGUUAUUGUUUGGAUUUGGGGUUUUUUCUUUUGUUUCAGCUAUCUAUAAGGUCUUUUACUAGGAGUAGAGAUGCAUUUUUAGCUGGUUGGGGAAAAAAAUCAAACUUUUUCUUCUCCAGUUUUUGCCAAGUUUUGUCACACUUCAAGCCUAUGCAUUAAUUACGCUUCUUAGUGAUACUGCAAAAAGAAAUCUUAUUCUUGAAUUGUUUUCCUUCCUGUGACUGUGUUGCUGAGGCUGCAUGUGAUGGUGCAGUUGAAAAUAUUCCAGCCUGUGUGUCCAGUGAAUUAUCAAUCUAUAGACCUCAGAACCCAUUCAGAAAAUAGGAUGCCCUCACCCUCUGCUGCCCGUUGCACCACACCCUCUUAGCUUUCUUACCUACAAGUACAGGGUGUCCACACAGUCUAGAAACAGGUAAAUACACAUAAUGUUGUCAAGAACAUCAUCAAUCUAUUAAAAACAAAAACCCACAUAGAAUGUUCUCUGUAUUUCCAGAGUCAGUGCGUACCCUGUAAUAAGCUCUGUAGGUUUAUGGCCAGUGCCAAAAGUGUGUGUAUUUUCAGAGAUGGUCCCUACUUAUUAAUGAUGGUGGUGUUUUCUUGACCUUGAAUUUGACAAAGGGGGUACUGGCAUCACAUUCUUUAGAUUUAAAAUAAUGAUCAGCUUCAAGAACCUAUGAACAUAGUAAUAACUUAAUAAAAAUAGAACACUGACCCUCCCUGCCCUGCCCACAAUGCUUCCCCCGCACUGCCUUCACUGCCAAAGAAAAGAGGCCAUGAACAUUUACAGGAUGGCAGAGGGAACACUGGUCAGGAAACAGAACAACUCCCCACUGGCCGGGCAUUCCUGCUAUACUUAGGUGAGUGGUCACUUGGACUAGAUCUGAAGGAAUUAUCAAGUAUUCUAACGUGAGUGGUUUUUAAACUGUCAAUCUCUUGUAGUAUCCUCCUACCACCACCACUUAAAAAAAAAAAAAAGAAAAUGACAGAAGCUGCCAGUGUUUGCCGCACAGAAUUUAAAUAGUUCUUGGCAGUUAGCCACAUACCUGAGUUUGUUUUUAACGAGAAACUGCACACCAGGAAAAUUGGUACCACCCUGACCAAGGGGUCUCUGCCAGACUCCCAUUGUGGGGUCUUCAUUGUGACAACUGCUUGUUUUGUCCAUGGGAGAGGAAAGGUCAGAUGAAGGCAAGAAGUGUUCUGUUUUAAAUAAAAAAGAAUUAGUGUUUCCCCAAAGCACUUUGUGCCUCAGUUCAGUUUUCAACGCUAUCAGUCCUCGCUUCCCAAUCCACUGGCCCGUCUCGAGCCAAGGUUAAUACGUUGAGACUGUCUUUACAAAAAGAAAUUCCUCUUUACUGCUAAUGGGAACAGCAAAAGAAAAAUUGUGAAGAUAGUUUACAAUAUCGUUGUAGCAGAGAUGUGAAUUGAAGUCCUUUUCUUUCCCUUCUCCCCUGCUUUCUGGGACCUCCCACAGAAUCUGGCAUGCCUUCUCCCUGGGCUCGACAGGUGUGCAUGGUUCUGAGGGCUGGGUUGUAGGAGGUGAGCUGGAGCAGUCUUCCUGCAGGACUAGCCUUACAGCAGAGCUUUAUGGAAAGGAAGAGAGUCUAUCCUAAAUGUUUUCGCCAAAAAUGAACAAGGCGGGGGGGUCUUUAUACAAAACUAAGCAAAAACCUUUGGAAUCCUUCAAGAAGUUAACAUACCUUUUAAAGGUAGUACAGGUUCUCACCAAGUGAUGCAUUCAGCAUGACACUUCUCGCCAGAAAGUUCAGGAUAAGUUGGAAUAAAUGUGUUUAAAACACCACCCCUACCCCCCCUUUUAAUUUUGUCCAAGGAAUUAGUUACUUAAGUGUAGUAUUUCUGAAUGUGCCUUUGUGAGUACAGAGACCGUCUGUUCUAGGAAGAAGCUAACCGUGGGGAUAAAACAGCAAGGCGGUCAGCGUAGUCUUUAGGGAAGUCAGCGAUCCUCCUGGCGGUCCCCAGGGGCGGCUCUGGAGUUUUCAUUAGCAUCGAUAUUGCACAGUGUAGAGUUGUGUGGAAGAGAUUCUGGGGCUCGGGAGGGAGAAUGAGGUGAUGAUGGUGCACAAUGACAGAGACCCAGGUUCAUCCAAGAGUGCAGGUUGAAUUGAUCUAUCUGCAGUACCUAGUUUCCUUCGUGUGUGUGUGUGUGUGUGUGGCUGUUUUAGUUUUUGUUUUUCUGUAAGCACUGGAGAACUGAAAUAUGGUGAUGUUUGUGACACAUUCAUGCAUGUCAAGAAGGCGUUUUCUAGCUUCUUCCGUGUGCGGGGGCGGGCAGCGCAUUUCCACCCUGUGAGUCUGUGUCCUAAGAAGGCAGUUACUUUCCUCACAUCAUGUUGCUGUUUAUGCGAACAGGGUAUUACACGCAAGGAAAAAGCUUCUGAGAGAAUAAGAUGGAAGUGUUUGAGAAAGAGAAGAGAAAAAUCUGAAAUCAUAUUUUAUUUCUUCAGAACUAUUAUAGUUAAGCAUAGAAAUCUGCAGUGUCUCUUCAUUUGCUUUUGUGUUUGUUUUAAACGAUGCCACCUCUUCUCCCCAUGCCCUAUCUUCUAAAGAAACCGCAAGUGAAUGCUAAGGGCCAUCUCCAUAAUUCCUCAGAACUCCCCAAAGAGGAAAACAAUCCCUCCCGCAAGAUUCCUUCAGCUUCAUUCAGGAGACAAAGGGAGGAGAGAUGCGGCUUUCUGUGCUUCUCUCUCAUUCCUCUCUAAUGGCCUUGAAAUGUAUUAUUAUGCAAAUGUGAAUUUUGAUACUGAAUUUAAGAAGAGGUUGUUGGAUUUUUUCUUUUUUCAGAAAAAAAAGGUCCCAUAUGUGGUCAUCAUUGCUUCUUUAUUUUGUAACGUGAAUUGUAACUAUGCAUUCUGCAAAAGGGGGGGUGGGGAGGGCAGAAAGGGGAAGGAAGUAGCUUUGCAUCCUUGUUCUACGGUUUCUGUGUCCAUGGUAUCCCCACAUCCUGGCGGGGAAGGGGAGUGAGAGCCGGAAGCAGUCAGGUCGGCACAGUGAGGUGGAAAGAGACCUGGAGCCCUCCCUGCAGUCCCGGGGAGGGGGGCGCUGCAGUUCCUGUCAGCUGGUGUGCUACAGGAUUCUCCGCCCUAGCCGUGCAGUGUUAGCCCAGGGCGACAGGGGGCCCCAAAGGCCCUAGUGUUCUCUGGGAAAAAGUACUCAUCCUUUCCUGAAUUCAGAACCCUUUCAAGCUCAGGAAACCAUGCCUCACUCGUGCUGACCUUAAAGUUAAUCUUUCUGUCGAUUUCCAGAACUCCUCCUCCUCCUCCUCCUCGCUCCUUUUAAUUUUUCUUUUUUUCUUCCUUAAUCCUUUUUAAGUGAACUUAUUUAUAAGGAAACUGCCCUGCUCUGUGGGGAAGAGGACUGUUGCUUGGCAGGCAAAAAGAAGUCUCUUCCUCAUCCACGACCCCUCAGCCAAACGUAAUCUCUCUGCUUCCUUGCAUUUGUUCCGCUAGAGAGCUAGUGAGCAAUGAGGUGCUGGACACGGGAACGCCUACAGCCUCCUCCUCGUCCUCAUAGAGUUCCUUUGUUGAUUUUGCCUGUGGUGAAUCCUGGCACCUGCGUUGCUCUGGUCUAGGCAUUAUCUGCAACCUACAGUAUCAUAAGCCAGAGAUUGUUCUGCCCGUAUUCAGUGUUUCCACGCAAGCAGUUUUUGUUGUUGAUGUUCACAGUACUGUAACGAGUAACAGACUUGAUCACAGUCUCCUCGUGCCCCGUGCAGGGUGUAUAGGCACAAUCUUAUCAGGGUUCCAAUCUGUUAGAUUGCCUUUAGACAAAACACAAAACAAACAAACAAAUAAGAUCCUGACGUUUCAGCUGUCUAACACAAAACAAUACCUCGAGGUACAUUUCCCCUGCGAUGUAGACCCUUAACUCCCCUCUCCUUCUCUGACACCAGUGGGUUAUCCUUUUUAAAAUAUGAAUGUGUAAAUAGUAGGAUAACUUUUACAAUUUUUUUCUUUGCUGUGAAAGUAGCCCUGAAAUAUGAUAUUUUUCCAUUUUUUUUAAGCCAUCUGAAGUUUCAGAUCUUCUUUCAUGCUUAAGAAGAGAAAGCAGAACAGGUCAGGGGAGUGGACGUGCAUUUGUGGGGUGGUGGUCUCUCCACUGUCUCCCACACACAGUGGCAGCCGACCCGUGUCCAAACCCUGUUUCGAAGAGAUGCCAUCUAUUCCAGAUCUAGUUCCAGGGUGAGGAGUGUCCAAAUUUCUCUCUUCCAGAAGAUCCAUCCCCUCCAGGCACUGCAGGAUGUUUUUUAACCUCAGACCUUGAGCUCUCGACCUUUCCUGCUUCACCCGCAGGCUCACUUUUUGAGUAACCGAGUAGCAUUCUGUGGUUCAUAAAGGGACUCAUCCCUGGCAUUUCAAUUCGGCACUGUAGAAUUCAUAGACUUACCACUUUACAAUGCUUUAGAAAUGUAUUGAUUUCUUACUUAGAAGGAAAUUCAUCUGAGACGUGCAAACAACCUUCCUGAAAGGUGUGGGCACCCUCAGGCAUAUUCCUCUGAAUGCCUUUCUACGUGAAGCUUGAAGCUGACAUUAGGUAGAGGGAUAUAACGUUUAACGAAUGCUGCUUGUAGGAUCUGUCAGCUACGGCUCUCCUAGAUUUGGCGACCCACAAGGCAGGGUCAGAAUAGAUCGUUUUGAAUAGCUUCUUCACAAACGCCUCUCCCCCUGCCCCCCCUGCCCCCGCCGCAUCUUAAAGCUAAACCCUGUAUCUGUUUAAAGGCCCUUUUUAGUUUGAGCUCACCAAUCUUGUAUAGUGACGACUUCCUUCGAGGGAAAGAAGCUUGAGAAUAAAUGCACACCUAUUCACCACCCACCUUCUGAUUUGAGGCGCUAUCCACCUUUGGAUUUUAUUUCUGUUGUUUGUUUGGAGGCCCCUUUUCUGUCGGUCUCCUUCCUCCGGUCCCCCAUAAGUUCGUAAGUUCUUACUGCCCUUAUAUCCAUCCACGAUGCUCCCAAAGGGCUUUGCUGAUCUCUGCACUUCUUUCCUGGGACCCUCCCGCCCCACCACCCUUUGCACACACCAGUGACCAAAGUGUGUCCAGUGAUCUCACAGAAGUCGUCAAAAAUGGUGCCUGCACCACGAAUGUGCUCACAGAGACACGUGCACAAGAUUCUGCACCCUUGGCCUUAACCUCUGUAUGACUUAAGGUGCAGGAACAUUUUUAACAGGUUAUUAAAAAAAAAAAUCCUUCUGGGAGGGGAAAAAAAGGCAGACAAAACAGCUCAAUUGUGCCCACUCCUAACUCUGCUAUUUGCCUACAACUUAAUUCUGUGCCCACCCCACCCAUCCCUGUUUUGAGUAACCAAAAAGAGACAACAAAAGCAACCUGAGGAGAGGUUUCUGGACUAUUUUAUCUUUCUCCAUUUAGCUGGAGAUAUAAAUGCUGCUUUGGGUUCCAUAAUCCUAGGGGCUGUGUUUACAUAGUACAAUAUAUCCUACCAAAUCAGGAAACAAGCAUGGGAAUCUCUGCAGUGAGAGAGAGCUAAUUAGGUCGCCGAUGGUGAACAAGAGAAGUGAGGGGGUCCAGGGGUGGGCGGCACAGGAGGGAAGAGGGAGAAGUGCUCCCCUCCUCCCUUCGCUUCUCUCCUUGGCCCCUUUCAACAGAAGGCACAGAGAAAGGCAUCAGAAAGAGGCUGGAGUUUUAAAAGGCAGCUUUCCAACUUUGCACACAAACAGGUUAACAGGAAGGUACAGCAAAAAUCCUCUCAUCUGAAACACUCAGCAGAAACAAAACCUACCAACCUGACUCCAUAGCUGCACAUAGUGACGCUCUCUGCAAGUUACCUAGAAGUGUUUUGUUUUUCUUAUACUUGAAAUAGCUUUUACGAUGUUACUUUGGCGGCUUUCUUUUCUCUCUCCUGGCGGGCAACAGAGGAAGCGGAUGAUGGGAUCCAAGGAAGUGUGAGGGGAGAAAAGGAAGGAUAUGGCAUUGUCUUUUUUGUGUGUGUUUCCUUAAACAUAUAGAGGUUUAAUCGAACUCCCAUGUGUUGAAAUUGCUCCUCAUAUUACUGGUUUUACAUGGACACAGAAACUAGGCACUUUAGAGGUGCACUUGCAUGGCAGGCUGGGCCCCCCUUUUCUCUAUUUUACUUUUUUAGUAUAGUGGUACUUAAAAUCACUGGUUCACUUAAAGAAAAAAACAAACAAUAAAAUGUUAAACUCUACUAAUGUACAAAUAAGCUGAAAAGUUGCAUUUUAUGUGUAUUUUUCGCCAUAGCAGGUACUGUAUUUCUCAUGCUGGAUUUAAAAAAAAAAGAAAAAACCAACAAAAAAAACUAAAGGGUGGUGUUUAUUGGAUUGUGACAGGUUGCGUAUUGAGGAACUAAGUCGCCGUCAUUUCAUUAAAACUGAGAGAUGAUGUAAUGCAUAUAUAAGAGUUUUCUGAAGGGUUUUUUUGGGCUUUUAAACAGCUUAUUUUUGUUUUGUUUAGUUUUUUAUUUUAUUUUAUUUUGGAAAGAUAUGAUUGUAUUAUGUGCAACUCAGUUGCUUACAUUAUAACUACAAAAUAUUUUUGGGUUCCUGGAAAAAAAAAAACAAAAAAGAAAAAAGACUAAUAAAUGUGUUUGGCUGCUAA